GCUGCUCCUGAGGACCCCCACUUAGCCAGGCCCGUCUUCUCCUCCAGGUCACCCACACCCCUGCAAGAUGAAAGCUGUGGUGCUGACCUUGGCUGUGCUCUUCCUCACGGGGAGCCAGGCUCGGCAUUUCUGGCAGCAAGAUGAGCCCCAGUCCCCCUGGGAUCAAGUGAAGGAUUUGGCCACCGUGUACGUGGACACAAUCAAAGACACCGGCAGAGACUAUGUGGCCCAGUUUGAAGCCUCCGCCUUGGGAAAACAGCUAGACCUGAAACUCCUGAACAACUGGGACGGCCUGUCCUCCUCCGUCACCUCCUCCAUCAGCAAGCUCCGAGAACACCUGGGCCCGGUGACCCAGGAAUUCUGGGAUAACCUGGAGAAGCAGACAGAGGGGCUGAGGCGGGAGAUGAACAACGAUCUGGAGGAGGUGAAGAAGAAGGUGCAGCCCUACCUGGACGACUUCCAGAAGAAGUGGCAGGACGACUUGGAGCGCUACCGCCAGAAGGUGGAGCCGCUGGGCAAGGACCUGCGCGACGGAGCGCACAAGAAGCUGAAGGAGCUGCACGAGCAGCUGAGCCCGCUGGGCGAGGAGAUGCGCGACAAAGCGCGCGCCCACGUGGACGCGCUGCGCACGCAGCUGGCGCCCUACAGCGACGCCCUGCGCCAGCGCCUGGCCGCGCGCCUCGAGGCGCUCAAGGAGGGCGGCAGCGCCAGCCUGGCCGAUUACCAAGCCAAGGCCACCGAGCACCUGAAGGCGCUGAGCACGCUGGGCGAGGCGGCCAAGCCCGCGCUCGAGGACCUGGGCCAGGGCCUGAUGCCUGUACUGGAGAGCUUAAAGGUCACCUUCCUGAGCGCCAUCGACGAGGCCGCCAAGAAGCUGAACACCCAGUGAAGUGUCCGCUCCCAUUGCUGGCGUUCGGGUUCUCAGAAUAAACGUUUCCAAAGUGGGAA